AUGGCCAAUAUUGGUUUUACACGUAAAUUACUUUUAAAAUAUCCUCACAUCUUCACCUUGGGCCUAAUGACACAUGAAGGACCAACGGAAGCCAACAGGAAAGCUAUGGAAUUCCGUUAUACCUUAAAGGCAAAAGGAUGGACUACCGGUACUUCCGAAUCUGCUGCACCCAACAAAGAAGUUGUGGUCCGUGUUACGGGCAAGGAUCCAUGCUAUGGUAUUACCAGUUGCGUUUUGUUGUUAUGUGCCAAAACCAUUUUGAAGGAACACAACAAAAUGCCCGGAAAGGGCGGAGUUCUGCCACCAGGAUUUGCAUUUGCCAAGACAAGUCUUCUGGAAGAAGUUGGUAAACAUAAAUCGGGUUUGAAAUUUGAAGUAAUUCAACAGUAAUUUUUUUA